CGACCUUCAAAUUUUAGAUCUUUCGAAUUAGUGACCUCCAAAUUCAGAGAUCACAGCCUUAAACUUGCGACUUCAACUCCCAGAGGUAAUAAAGUGAUAGUCUGGAUAUCCUCUGGGAUUAAUCCUUUUAGUAGUAAGGUAUCAGGUGUAUCAGUACCAUUUAUGAAAAAACUUUGUACUAGUAUUGCAGAUUCUGAUAACUGGUUGCCAAUGAGUGUUGUCUUCAAUUGUCUAGAUGCAUCUGUUGCAUAUUGG